GCUCUGCGAGAGAUUCUUUGUGGUUUUCGUUAUCUCUACUGCAUUUAUCUUCCUCCUAUUAGAAUCAACUGAACCCCUCAGUUCAACGAAUAAACCAUCAUUUAAAAGCGCUACGGAAAAUAACUUGUCUAUUACAUCAAACAAAGAAUGGAGAAUAUUGUGGUACAAUAUACCAUCGUAUCUUGUGAAAAGUUUUAAUUAUGCUAAAUCUAAAAAAUGUAAUAGGCACCCUAGAUGUCUCUUUUCAUCGGAUCUCAAGGAUCUUAAUAGAAGUGACGUGGUUAUAUUCACACAAUCUUACAUGGCGGUUAAUCCGCCACAUAAACGAUCUCAGCAAAUAUUUGUAUUUAACUCAAUGGAAAGUCCUGCAUUUAUGGGACGACCAUCACCAAAAUGGGACGAUAAAUUAGACUGGCUUAUGUCAUAUCGUAGAAACUCAGAUAUUCACAGGCCAUAUGGAACUUUACGCAAACGAACCACGCCUUUAGUGAAGAACUACAAAAAUGUGUUUAAGAAGAAGAAACUAUUCGGUGUAUGGAUGUCUGGACAUUGCCCCGUGCCAUCUCGCCGUAGGGAUUAUAUAAAAGAACUGAAAAGGUUUAUAGAAAUCGACAUGUUUGGUACUUGUGGUGAUCGUGUUUGUCUCAAUCGAUCUCCAUUUAUAAGCGAGUGCUUGAGAAACUUUUCUAGAGAUUAUAAAUUCUAUUUUGCGUUUGAAAAUAAUAUUUGCGAGGACUAUACGACUGAAAAAUUAUACAAUUUAUAUUUGGGCAAUUUAGAUGUAAUACCUGUUAUAAAUGGCCCACAAACAGCAGCGGAAUAUUUACCUAAAGGGUCGUUUAUAAGCGCUUUGGAUUUUCACUCACCUAGGGCUUUGGCAGAAAAACUUAAAGAAAUUGCCACCAAUGAAGAAGUCUUUACUCAAUACCUUAGAGAAAAAGACAAAUAUUACGAAAUUGGUAUUGACGAAGUAUUUCUUAAUUCGAUGUGCAAGAUAUGUGACAUUUUGGAUAAAACAAAUGGAAAACCUGAACGACCAAAAGGAACGAUUUGGGAACGCUUCUUUUCUAAAGGAGGAUGUUGAAAAAAAAAUUGAUUGCCAUCAAUAUUUGUAUAGAAAACCAAAGAUAACCUAAAGGGAUACUAGUGACCUGUCAUACGUGCAAAACGCCAACAAUUCCUCAAGAUGCUGCUUCUUGUUAAUUAAUAUAGCAAUAUCCCAACAUCGCCUGCUGUGAUAUCUCCCAACAAAUUCCAGAAGCAAUAACACGCUCUCAUUACGAUUAGUUAUUUAACUGAGGCAAUCUACUGACAAAUGAGUUCAUGUUACAAGGAUUUCAACAACCCCGUUCAAAGUCAGCUUUUCGCAUUUUUUACAGUCAUUAUAAUGACCUCGUUUUUAAAUAUAACCUAGAGAUGUGUCGUAUUGUGUCUGAUAGGUUUGUACCAUUUUAGGUCAUUGCUUUAUUAAAAAAUGAAGAUAACGAACAGUAAUUAAGCUGAAAAGCCAAUGGAAACAAAAUGAUUUGGCAAAUACGGACCUCUAAAUCAUCAGAAGUGGGAUAAGGUGCCAGGUAGGAGUAAACAUCUCCUGUCGACCGAUCAAACAAGUCGUGCUCCUUGUCAUGAUCAGGCAAAUGGAUAAAGUCGUAGACAAUUCUGUGUGAACAUAAAGGCCUAACAAUUUGUAUGAAAAAAGUCAGUCAACAUUCGAUUUAACGAAAAAUUGUAAUUUGUCAAGGACAUUGUAUCAACCAUAGGAUUUGCGAAAGAGACAAUUGAUAUCCUUGUACCAUCAACUAAUUUGCCAAUAGCUUUCCUCGAUGUAGAAAAUGUUCGUACGUAGAGCAUGCUCUUGUGUAUCAAACAAACUGAGAGACAUAAACUACAUAAGAAGGUGGUAAUGGUAAAUUGCUGUAAAGAGAAGGGAAGUUGGCGAUAGAAAAGUUGAGGUCAUCACGUUUAUAAUUAAUUUUUUUAAAUUUGUUAGGUUACUAUUAACUUCUUUUUCCUGUAGAAUAUCCAAAUAUGAUACAGAUAUGAAACAGAUAUAUCAGACUCUCUGGUGCCUUUUAUUUCGUGUUCAAAGGGAUAGAUAGAAUCACGUAGGAAUUAAAAUGAUUUUUGUAGUCGAUAUCUCUAAAUCUCUAAUUGAAAGCCUCAGCAAGGGACUUCGUUUCAUGUAGAAGUUUUUGAAUAAGUUCUGCUUCAUAUGAAUAGAAAAAUAGGUCUGCUUAUAAAAUAAUUUAUGCUAAAUUUGACUACUGAGUACUCAGUAUACCUGAUCAACAUGUAGGAUUCACGGCGGGUGUGACCGGUCAACAGGGGAUGCUUACUCCUCCUAUGCACCUGAUCCCACUUCUGUUGCUUCCAGGGAUUCGCGGUUGUGUUGAGUGCACAAUUCGUUUUGCUUACUAGAUUAUAAGCAAAAUAUAAUAAUGGUCACUAUUCGUCAUCUUGAAAUUUUACAAUCAGAAAGGUUACACCAACUAAAUACAAUAUAUUAAUAGUCUCCCCCACAGAAAGUUCGCAUGCGUAACUUACAAUAGUAUUUUAUUUCUUAUUUAGGUCGAUAAUUAAGGAUUUAUUUAAUACUUCAUUACAACUUUUAACGUUUAAGUGAUUGAUAAGUAUCUCAUUAGGAUUUUAUAUGAAAAUGAGCUGUUUGAACUGUUAAAGAGUCGUAAAUCUAUACCACUUAUGAUUUAAACAUAUUUUAUUUCAAGUGUUAACCGGUUUGAUUUUGUGCAGCUAUGGACAUCUUAUGAGUUAUUCAUUCGACCUAUGUGUGACCGGUCGACAGGGGAUGCCUACUCCUCCUAGAUAUCUGAUCCCACCUCUGGAAUUCCCAGGGGUCCGUGUUUUAUGCUCUGUUCACAGAUUUGUAUUGUUUGUUGAUUUGUUUUUUGGAGAUCGAUCACUUUUCGUACUCUUCACUUUUUUCAUUAUGAGUGAAUUUCAGCAAUGUCUUUUAGAUGAUGAUACAAAACCGGUUGCAUGAUGAUCCAAUGUUUUACAUAUGCUUUUAAAACAUACAUGGACCUAUAGCUAUGGAAAAUAAAAUCCAGUUUUGUUGUUGAGAAUAUUGAUAAUAUUUAACACUGACAUAUUAUUUUGAAGAAUUUCCCAUAGAUAAGGAAAUAUAAGUUGGAUUACCACUUCUAGAAUUAAAUCCAAGUUCCUCUAAAAUGCAAUUGUAAUAAUGAGCCUUACAAUCAAAGACUGUUGUUACCUGUUUUGUCAGCUGGGAAAAGUACAUUUUGAUCAUUUAAUCUAUCUAGACAGGACACAAAACGAGAUGCAAUGAACAUAAGUAAAAUUCUUAGUCAAAUGAAAAUUCAGUCUGGCAUAUUUCAAGUUGAUUGAUUGAUUGGUUGUGUGUUGUUUUACAUCCUAUAAAAUUUCUGUGAAUUA